AUGAGUCAAGUACAAGUACGACAAAUAUCGGUGGGUGGUGCAGAUUCGGACGUAAAUCGUCUAAUUGGUUCUUGGUAUUCAUCUGGUUAUCAUGGACAUUUUAGAUCCAAGUCUCGUUUAGAAUUGUCGAGUUAUUUUCGUGAACUAGCUAAACCAAAAGCACCAAAAAUAUUUUCAGAAAGACAAAAUUCAGAAGCAGUUAAACAUCCAUUUUCUAAACAUGAUAAUCGAUUCAAAUUUGAAAGUGAUCCACUCGUAAGAGGAUCUCAAGCAGGUUUUGGAAAAAGAAAAGCAGAUAAUUCAUUAAGAGGACAGUUUGAUCCAUUAUUCAUUGCUUGGUUACCAAAAGGAAAUGAGAGUAAACGUACUGAACUACCAAAACAUACAGCCUAUCAGGAUGAUUAUAGUCAUGAUGGAGUCUCAAAAUUAUUGUCAACAACACAAAUACCACAAGAAAUUAUUUCAACUCCUGAUACAAACUUAGAUAAACAACCGUUAGAAAAAAGUGUUUAUAAAUUAGUCUAUGCUCACGGACAACCUACGAGUGAUCAAUCAAAACAAAUACGUUCAGAAACAUUUCAACGUUUUUUAACUACUCGAACGAGACGUAUACAAUUACAAAAUCAACAAGCAACUAAUAAUGCGUUAAAUGGUCGUACUACAGUUGCUCAAUGUCUUUGUUGGAAUAAUGACAGUGCAAAUAUCGAACCCAUUGUACUGCACCCACAGACUAAAGAACAUGAACAACAACAUAUUCCACCGUUACAAACAUCUUUUCAAUUUCAAUCAGCGCCUAAUGUAUAUCGAAAACGUGCACAAAGUGCUGGUCCAUGUUUGACCACGGGAAACAGGACACAACAAAGUUUGGAAACAAAUCAAGCGUUUAAAAGUCAAUCAAUAAAUGCAUUUUCGUCAAACGGAGACUCUCAAGUAAGACAAUGCGCACAACCAUGUCAAAAAGAAUACAAUAUGGCGACAAAAGUUAAUAAAAUAGAUACAAACAUUGCUAGACCUUCUUACUUUUAUCGAGAGGAAAAACCAACUACAACAUCUCGAGCACAUUAUAACGGUCAAAAUUUUGGACUAAUUACUGUACCAUUACGUACACAGCCACCACCACAGGUACCAUCACGUGCAACUACCACAUUAGAAAUAUCUCAUAGUAUGGAAAAUUUAAUUUCAAAGUAUUGUUAA